AUGCCCCCACGCGCUCUGCUUCCGAUACUACACACACCACUCGACAGCUGCAAAGACAUCAGGCUCGUUCCCAGGCUCCUCUUUAACUCGGCCAGAACGCAUACGACGCCGUACCUGCUUUUCGCCGGUUUUACACACCACAUCGCACCAAAUGCGCAGCCCGCCGGCUUGAGUACAACGCGCGGCCGCGCCUUUUCAUGUGCGCUGCGCGAGACUGUUGGCUCUCUAGCCGGGCCACGGGAGAAACGAGAAAGCCCGUCCUCGCUCAGCGUGUGCUUCAACGUUUUGAAUCUCGUCUUGCGAGAGAGGAGCGGCGUGUCUCUCGCUGCGCUGAAGAAAGCGCUGGCUGCCGGCGGAUACGAUGUGGAGAAGAACAACUCCCGCGUCAAGAACGCCGUUAAGGGUCUCGUGACUAAAGGGACUCUGGUGCAGACCAAAGGGACCGGCGCGUCUGGCUCUUUCAAGCUGAACAAGAAGCAGACCGAAACAAGAAUCCCAAGUCUCCUAAGAAGGCGAAGAGAGCCCGCAGCCGCCGCAAAGAAAGCCACCAAGAGCCCGAAGAAGGCGAAAAGCCCGCGACCCCCUAAAAAGGCAGCCAAGAGCCCCAAAAAGCGAAAGCUGUCAAGCCCAAGACCACAAAGCCUAAAGCGCAAAGCGAAGAAGGCAGCACCCAAAAAGAAGUAA